AGACUGUGGGCGGAGUUAUUUGAGGUUCAGGAGGAAGACGGAGAGAUAUGUUGGAGCAAGUUGUCGGAUGAUGUUGUACCGAUCAACAUUACCUGCGUCCAGAACAAUCCACUGGCCAUCUUCCAGAUCACCGCCUACAACCGACAUGUCGAGAAGAUAUUUGACGUCAAACUGACUCAACCUGGGACUCGCAUAACUCAGGCGUCCGAAUGUUUCGUGCACUGGAAGGAUUCGAAGCUGGAUCACGAAUGGGGACUCAACUUCACCACUCCAACUGACGCCAGGAGAUUCAGAGAGUGCUGC